UGGUGACAAUAAAUUUAAUGCUUUUUAUUAGGUUUUUCUUUAAAAAUAUUAUUAAAAAAAGAAGACUAUUCUCAAUCAUGGCAACUGGAGAGAGCUAUAGUUUUAUAGACAUAGGAGCUAAUUUGACAGGUUUUGCCCGAACUGUUUUUAAUGAUUUGUUAGAUCCAAUGUAUCAGGGGGUUUAUUAUGGCAAGAAUUGUCAUCCUCCUGAUUUGGACUCUGUACUCAAACGAAGCUACGAGACCGGAGUGGAAAAGAUUAUUGUGACCGGAGGGAGUUUAAGCGAUUGUAAAGAUGCUUUGCAAUUAUCACUGAAUGAAGAUCACUUGUAUACCACGGUAGGCGUACACCCAACCCGCUGUGGAGACUUUGAGACUGAACCUCAGAAGCAUUUGUCCGAGCUUUUGAAUUUAGCAAAGGAGAACAGGAAAAAGGUCGUAGCAAUAGGAGAAUGUGGAUUAGAUUACGAUCGUCUUCAUUUUUGUGAUAAGUCAACUCAACUCAAAUAUUUUGAAGAGCAGCUGUCAUUGGCGGAAGAAACAUCCCUCCCUUUAUUCCUUCAUUGUCGGAAUUCCUUUUCAGACUUCAUGAGUAUAUUAAAGCGGAACAGGAACAAGAUUCGUUCUGGUGGUGUGAUACAUUCGUUUGAUGGCACUGAAGAGGAGAUGAGGGAGGCAGUGGAAUUUGGGCUUCACGUCGGAGUAAAUGGAUGCUCUUUAAAGACUAGUAAAAACCUUGAGGUUGUUAAGGAAAUCCCAGCAGAUCGUCUUCUCCUUGAGACCGAUGCACCAUGGUGUGAGAUACGUCCUAGUCAUUCAAGCCAUCAGUUUGUAAAGACUCACUUUCCAUCAAAAAAGAAAGAACGCUGGGAAGAAGGAGAGAGCGUGAAGAGUAGGAAUGAACCGAGAAACAUCAUACAAGUUUUAGAAGUUGUUGCAGGUGUCAGAGGUGUGGAGCCCGCCUCUCUGGCCAAGCAGGUCUACCAGAACACUGUCCUAUUGUUCAAAUUCUAGUUGUACCAUUAAUUUAUUUUUGGUGUAAUUAUUAGCUCUAGCUAUGAA